AAAGCAACCAAGAUUUCUCAUCUACUCGAGAAUCCGCUCCAUCAAUCACCUUCGGCUUCAGGCACUGUGAUUGUGGAGAGAACGGAUUUUUAUAACGUGGCCAGCGGCGACAUCAUCAGAACGCAGCACAGCAAAGUGCACCCCAGUCCGGGGGCCGCCCGCAGUGUGUGGGCGUUGCCCCUGACCUCAUGCAAUAUGGUAGCCGAAGAGGAUAGUGCCGCCAACACAGAAGAACGCCCUCAUUCACCACCAACAUUGCGCCGUGGUGGACGUGGUUGCGUGGGCGUGAACAAUGUUGGUGGUGGGGUUGGACGCACUUCUGGAGGAGAUGGAGUCAUCGACAAACAUGAUGACAGCAAUUUACUAUUGUUUGAAGGCAUCGACGGUGCUAUGGCGCAUUUGGAUGACAUAUUUGAUGUGAUUAAAAAUGGCGAAGUUUGUGAUGUGGAAAAUUUGGUGGAGAAAUUCGGUAUUGAAUGUUUGUCUGCCCGUGAUAGGCACGGCUACACACCUGGUCAUUGGGUCGCGCUGAAUGGCAAUGUGGAAAUGUUGCGGUAUUUAAUUGAACGUAAUGCACCGGUCGAUUUGCCUUGUCUAGGUACACAAGGCCCGCGGCCCAUACACUGGGCUUGUCGUAAGGGCCAUGCGGCUGUGGUGCAAGUAUUGCUCCAGGCUGGUGUGGCUGUGAACGCGGCUGAUUUUAAAGGUCUUACACCGCUCAUGAGUGCCUGUAUGUAUGGUAAGACAGCUACGGCCGCCUACUUGCUCGGUAUGGGUGCACUUAAUCAUCUUACGGAUAUAAAUGGCGACACAGCUUUGCAUUGGGCAGCUUACAAGGGGCAUGCCGAUCUCAUGCGAUUGUUGAUGUAUUCAGGAGUUGAAUUACAAAAAACUGACAAUUUUGGUUCGACACCAUUGCAUUUGGCUUGCCUCUCGGGCAACAUGACGUGCGUACGAUUGUUGUGCGAAAAAUCAAAUAUGGACUUGGAACCGCGAGAUAAGAAUGGUAAAACGCCGAUAAUGCUGGCACAGGCACAUCAACAUCAGGACAUUGUGCGAUUGCUGUAUAACGAAGUGAAAAAAAAAUCACGUUGGAUACCGUCAAUUUCGGAAAUUUGGGGAUGGUUGUUUGGUGGAGCAGGCGAUUCGAAGGGCCCAUUGCUGCUUUUCCUAUUUUCGGUGUUAUUAUGGGGGUACCCAAUGUAUAUGAUAAGGGCUAUACCAAUUACCUGGAAUAUUCUUCGUCGUUCCCACUAUUGCUUCAUCUAUUGGAAUGCAGUUAUGUGGAUCAGUUGGGUAAUCGCGAAUCGUCGUGAUCCAGGCUACAUACCGCUCAGCUCCGACGCCUACUAUCGCGCUAUCAAGCAGAUACCAUAUUUCGAUAAGUUAAAAAAACGUAAUGUUAUUUUGACCCGUCUAUGUCACAGCUGUCGAUGUUUACGCCCGCUGCGCGCCAAACAUUGCCGUGUUUGUAAUCGAUGCGUAUCUUAUUUUGAUCAUCACUGUCCGUUUAUCUAUAACUGUGUGGGCUUGCGGAAUCGUAUGUGGUUCUUCUUGUUCGUGCUCUCAGUAGCUGUAAAUUGCUCAUUCACCAUUUACUUCGCUUGCUAUUGUGUGAUGAUUGAGGGCUUUACGUUGCUCUAUGUUUUGGGACUGUUGGAGGCUGUUGUUUUUUGUGGUCUCGGUUGGAUACUGACCUGUACAUCGAUAUUGCAUGCCUGCAUGAAUCUUACGACCAACGAAAUGUUCAAUUACAAACGUUAUCCAUAUUUGCGAGACAAGCGUGGACGCUACCAAAAUCCAUUCUCGCGUGGACCUAUUCUAAAUUUGUUGGAAUUCUUUGUCUGCUUGCCUGAUCGGAGCGAUGAAAAUGAUUUGCUUAUGGAGGAUAAUAUUUGAUUGAAAACUUAGGUACGCGCUAAUGCGCGGCGCCGAAAAAUACCAGCACAUGGAUAAUAAAAAGAUUAAAUCGUUAAGCUGGAUUUCAAAGCCAGUCGAGACGGAUGCAAUGCGAAGUGAGAAAUAAGAUUAAGUAGUUAUUUAGCUUGAAUUUAAACGCACUUUUCAGCUUUAGCCUAUGAUAACUAAUUGGAAAGAUAGAGAGUGUAGCAACAAUUGAGAUUACAAAGAUGAAGCGAAAACCAAAAACCACAUGGUAAAAGGAAAUUGGAGUUAGCUUGAGGAUAUGAACAGUAAAAACUAUAUACGAGUAGGUGCAAGUUUUCAAAUCAAACUAAUUGAAAAUGUCGGAAAAGUCCCAUGACAUAUGACGUUACCGAUCCGUAUUUAUGUUCUGGCAUAAAAUUUCAAUCCAGCAGCCAAGGCGCAUUCAUUAAUGGUGGUUGUACUAGACCAACAACAAUGUUCUGUACGUUUGAUUGUCAAAGCAAAGUAUUGAGAAACUAGAAAACAAAUAAUGAAUUCGCAUUGUUUCAUUUUGAGCUGACAGCCACAUGGACACGGCGAAAGACAAAAAAACAACUCAGCUGAUUUACCAACACCACCUUUAAUAGAUUCGCCUUGCCAGCAGCAUUCCGAAACAAAAAACCUUGUUUACACACGUUUUUGUAACUGUAUAAUAUGUACAUUGCUAAAAAAUUUAUUUAAUUUGGGAGUGCUGCCAGAGUGAUAGCCGUUAAGUUAAUACAAGUACGGGAUAGACUCGAUUGUAGUUAGCCGAUCUCCUCCUAUUUGUGGCGUGCGUCUUGAUGUUGUUCGGCAAAGGGAGCCACUUACAGUUUUAAGCCGAGCCGAACUUACAGUUUUAUGAGGAGCUUUCUUAUGAUAGCAACGCUCUCGGGGGUUUGCCAUUGCCUGCCGAGGGGCGACCGCUAUUAGAAAAAAAAUGUAUCUUUUAUUUGAUGUUCACAGAGAUUCGAACCUACGCACUCCCGAAUGGUAGUCACGCCCAAAUGUGCAAUUUCCACCCAACGAAUUUCAAGAAAGAGGAUAAAAUUAAAAAAAUAAUUUGAUGUAUGUAAAUAUACAUAUGUCACAAAUCUUAAAAUGUGGUGCAGAUGAUGCGCACAAUUAGUAAAUUUAGAGUUUCUAGGGUUAGUAAACGAUUAGGGCGCAUAUCCAUACGUAGCUAAGCUAUCUGUAUUUAAGGUAAAAUUUCUGCAACUCGGUCUAACAGAAUAUAACUACACAUAUUACACGCUACGGAAUUGCAGCGAAUGUAGCCACCUCGAAUCCUUUUUAACAGCAACUGAACGAUUCGUACAAAUUCGAAUAUAAAACCAUAAUUGUUAGUGAUGCUGAGUAAGCCUAGUAUUUAGCAUCUAAAUUGAUCAAUACCGAUUAAAAAUUAUGCACAUAACUUUUUUUAGAGUUAAAUUCAUAUGUCAUAUUCCAAAAAAAUUAUGUCCAGCUUAGAAAACAGUCUAAGAGUAUAAAUAAAUAUAUGCAACUGCUUUAAUCGUUGAUUAUACCACGAAUGCAAACUGUGGCAUUAGCUUAAAUAAAUUUAUUAAAAUAUAAAAGUAUUGCAAAUUAAA